ACCGACACCCAAAAACACAAAAAUCCGCGGUGGAUUUCCAAUUUUUAUGAUUUUCUUUGAAUUCCUAUUUCUUUAAAUUCUUCCCUGAAUCAAACACCAAGUAAAUCCAUCUUCUUUUGAAGCUUUUCUCAUUCUCUCUUCAUUGCCAAGAACUUUCGAUAUCCGCGUUCCCUUUUCUCUUUUCAGAUCUUUGUUGUUGAACCUGCUGCAUCUAUGGCUACGGCUAAUGGUAAUGCUCCACAGGUGGUCAACAAUGGCGAUGCAAGCAAACCCUUCAAGAUCUUCAUUGGUUAUGAUCCGCGUGAAGAUGUAGCAUAUGAGGUCUGUCGCCAUUCUAUUCUGAAACGCACUUCCAUUCCUGUUGAGAUCUUACCUCUUGUUCAAUCAGAUCUUAGGCAGAAAGGCCUUUAUUGGCGUAAAAGGGAUCAGUUCGAGAGCACCGAGUUCUCCUUUUCGCGGUUCCUAACACCCUACUUGGCUAAUUAUGAAGGCUGGGCAAUGUUUGUUGACUGUGAUUUCCUUUACUUAGCUGAUAUCAAGGAGUUAAAGGAUUUGGUUGAUGACAAAUAUGCGGUCAUGUGUGUUCAUCAUGAUUAUUCCCCGAAAGAGAAAACAAAAAUGGAUGGUGCUGUGCAGACUGUUUAUCCCAGGAAGAAUUGGUCUUCUAUGGUGCUAUAUAAUUGUGGUCAUCCAAAGAACAAAGGGUUGACACCAGAGGUUGUGAACAACCAAACCGGCGCUUUUCUUCACAGGUUCCAGUGGCUUGAAGACGACGAAAUCGGGUCAGUCUUGUUUGUUUGGAAUUUCCUGGAGGGGCAUAACAAGGUUGAUGAGAAUGACCCCAAAACGUUUCCGAAAGCCAUACAUUAUACUCGCGGAGGACCAUGGUUUGAGGCAUGGAAGAAUUGUGAGUUUGCUGAUCUUUGGCUGAAAGAGAUGGAAGAGUGCAUGAAAGAAAAGAAAUCAAAUGCGAGUUAAUUGAAAACUGGACAUGGUUCAGUGGUAUUUUCUAGUAUCUUUUAAACUACAAAGCCAUUAAUUCUUGUUGCAGUAUUAUUAUUAUGAUUCCAGAUAUUGAAUUUGUAUUGUGAAUCCUAGAACUAAAUAUGCUUUAGGGAAGAGUUGAUUUUCUCUAUGAUAGUCUAUCCAAUAAGUGUUUUUGCAGGCUAUAUAUCAAUGCCUAAUAGAUGUAUUUUUUCAAUUAUUUAUUUGUUCA